ACUAGGAUAGCUGGACACAGGAACCCUCAAAAGCCUACAAGGACACAGCUCCUAUUCCAAAAAGGGGAUACUUAGAGGGGAAUGCAAAGUGUUUUAUUUACCAAAAGACUUCAAAAAGUGGGAUUUGAAGUUCUGGUUGCAUUUUCAGCUCUUAAUGGACGACAAACAGAGUGAGGGGCUUCACGGACAAAGCAUGGACGACGCGCUUCUCUGUAUGUUGACUGACACCAUUCAGGGAAUGGUGAGAGGACAAGAUGAGGAACGUGAGUGGAGACGUAGAGCUUUGGGAGCGAUGAGGCAGUUGAGUGUUUUUCAUGCAAGCGGAGUGACAGCCUGGAGAGAUGCUCUCCGUGGAUGCUUUCUCAUCAAAGAGCCAUUAGGGGGCGUGCCUCUGCAGCCUCAUCCAGACUGUAGCAGCAUUUUUCGGAGUGUUAUGGAUGAUUUAGAGCACAUUCAGGACCAGCUCAACAUGAUAUUCAACAGGUUGGACACUGAAAUAAUCCACUUGAGUGCAGAAAGAGCUGAUAGUCAGGACCAGAUCCAAACCAAAACUGAAAAGACACCUGCAGAGGCCCAGUCAGGGUGUGAAGAGGAGGCUAAAGAUGGAGGCGAUGACAACCAUGCCUCUUUUAUCUGUGAUGAUGACGCAGAAGGUGGGCUGGACUUCAAAGAUCAAGGGUGGGACGCAGAAGAAACAUUGGACAUCGUCUCUGCGAAUACACAAAAGGAGGAGACAAGCAAAGAAUGGACUGCAGUUGGGUUUGAGAACUCAGAGAUAGCGGGUGCAUGCUUCAUUCGAGCACCACUGGGUGCGGCCGGUGUCCUGCGCUGUGAGGUGGCUGAUGCCCUCAGCUGCUUGAUGGUCAGCGGCGCCGAGGAGCUGGUCAGCAGGGUCAUCAGGGUCAGAGUUCAAGACUAUGCCGACAUCCGCUUCCCUCUGACCAUGGCGUUGCCCUUCUGUGCGCGUCACCGUGGCAUCUACAGAAGUAUUGCUGUCAAGGUGGUGAAUGGUGAGAGGAAGGCCAGCUACAUCGUCCCUGCAACAACAGAGGGCACAUAUGGUGGACAGAGGGGCUCUUUCGCAGAGGUGAAGGUGUACUCACUAGGCCUGUUUGCAGUGGUUUCCUGUCUCAAACAAGAACACUUCACAGUUCCUAGACGGGGUGUGUCCCACAAACUUCCCGUGGACCCUCGCAUCUGCCUCGACUACCCCCCGGGAUCCUUCACCGCUCCUGUUAUGGUGCAGUACACGAUCCAACCGCUGGACGCCGUCCUUCUGGCCGCCGUGAAGUUGAAAAGUGAAGCCUACCGCAGGGUGGUGUCCACCAGCCCUCUCCUCUGCCUCGCUCACCCGUCUUCUCAGCCCCUGCGUAGACCCCUCACGGUCACACUUCCUUGUCCGCCAAAUCCCGACAAGAGGAAGGACACGAGGGCACAGUGGAGGGACGUCGAGUGUCUCCUCCCUCUGCCUGUUGCCGCCCCUCCAGUGUGGGAUAGGACAUCUUUCCAAUGGAGGAGGAUGCUGGGAUCUUCCACUCAGUCAUCCAAAGAGAACCCCGCCGAGCUUCUGAGUGUGAUGGGCUCCACGAAUCGACACUGGAGCGUCCCAGAAGGAAUCGCCAUCCGGAGCCAUCAGAAUGGCCUCGUGUCUUUUGACCUGAUGGAGAACUUUGACAGGCUCCUGGUGGUUCGCCUCCUCUCCCCGCUGCAGCCUUGCCAUCUCACCUGCCUGGCAGAGGACCUGGUGGACUCGGCGCACCGCCACCAGGUAACUGUGGUCCUACAGCCUCGCCAGGACCAGCCGCGUGCCAUCCUCGUGGUCGCCCUGCCUAGUAGGGAGCUCAGCUGGGAACUGUCCCGGCUGCAGGCAGGGGGCAACGAGGCUCCCCUGGAGAUGUCACCGGAGAUCUGCAUGCGGGAGGGGGACCAACUUGUCCUACGUCUUUGCGGAAAUGUCACCUGUGCAGGACUUGGGACUAACGAGCACGGCGUCCUAGACGAGCGCAUCACCUUCCACAGUCAGCGAAGGAACGAGCUGCUAGUGCACCUGACUGAGGUGGACCCCUUCGGCAACUAUAGCUCCCCUCACUACAAAGGUGCUGCCGUCUUCUACAAGGUCACCAGAGGUCAAGCGGAGUGGCGAGGGGACAAAGCGGUCCAGGUGGACGUGGAGCACCUGGGGGAGCCGGUGUGCAAGCUGCCUCUGACUCUGCCCAAGAGAAUCAGAAGCAUCAGACAGCCCGUCACGCCGAAGAUUACACUCUGUGAGAGGACAGACUGCCUCCCAGACUCGCUGCUCCUCUGGCUGUCGGGGGAGCUUUCAGAAGAAGAAAUAGGCCACCUGGCACUUUCUCUGCACCUUCGCCGUAGCGCCACCCAGAUGGUGAAGCUCCGGGCCGGGGACAACCUUCCCGGCCAGGCCUUCCGCAUCUUGACCAUGUGGAGGAGGGAACUGCCUGCUUCCCAGCUGCAGCCUAAGGCCUCCCAGCUGGCGCGCUGCUUGGCCAGGAGCGGCAGGCCAGAUCUUGCUAGAGAACUGCUGCUACGCCAGGCAGCGACCACCGUGACGCCGAAAUGAGGAUUUUGCCUCUUAAAAGGGCUUACAUUACUCCUGCACUUCCAACUUUUCAGACUUAUGUAUAUGUUUAAAAUGAUGGACUCUUGUUCUACAUGCUGUGGAAGAGCCAUAUAAUAAGGUUGGUGUGUUUUUAAGUGAACCCUGGUCUCAUUUUUAUGCCACUCCUAAAUCCUGUGAACGGUCGGGUACAAUAACUUCACAAGAUUUUAAAUUAACUUACUAUAGUGUCCCACUGGGAUCCAAUAUCAUUUUAAAAGGCCAUGAAAUGAGCAGGAGAGGGCCUUUUAAUAAUGUGGCUUCCACUGAAGCACCUUGCAAUGUUUGUUUCAUCCAUCAGAGGACACUGUUGCACCAUCCUCCUGUGCUUCCACUCAAAACUGGGGUCAUUCCAUGCUACUAAUGAGUGAACCUGCAUUAAGACCAAAUAUAUGGUUGCAUAAAACAUCGAUACAAUCAAGGCAAGCAUCAGGAAUGCCUAAAAAAAUGGAUUUCACUAAUUGCACCAUGCAAGUGCCUCACAGUACAAUUUCUGUAGUGGUUAAUGUGUGACAUCGCUCUACCAAAAGGAGGUAGAUGAUUCACCAAGCAGCCCUCUCUGCUGAGAUGUGACCUCAUUUCACACCCUUGACACAGAGUCGUCAAGAGCGGCGACUGGCUUCUCGCCAACGCUGACGCUCGGUGACAGCUGAGCCUCUGUCACACACAUGCACACAUAUCAGAACUGCAGCUAGGUACUGGCAAAUAAUGAUGAGCGGAUGCUGAGUGUGUUGCUUUAGCGGGUAUUGGUACGGGUAAGCCUUUUUUUUUAAAACAGGGUGCAUCCAUGAGGCAUCUUAGGGUGCAUUCAUAAUUGUCAUGUUUGGUUCGGUUAAAAGGAAAUCCGUUUGCGUUUCGUCAAGUCAUGUGAACGCCAUCACCCGAACCCUGGUGUGCAUCAAUCAAGACGGAUCGAGAGAUGGAUCUAUGUCCGCUUGUUCAGUUGAUCACUUUCACAUUGCAUGGGGAAAAUGUAACACCAUCUACUGGACAAAUAUAAAAUAAAAACAUCUGAAAGACAGUAAAACAGUGUAGUGUGCGGCAUUCGCAACCCCGCAUAGAUGGGGAUUUCUCUUCACUACUUUAAAUUAGAAAUACAGUCAAACCUGUCUUAGCGGCCACCUUUAUAGAAGGGCCACCUGCCUAUAGCAGCCACUGAAAAAGGGGUAGGAUUAAAUAAGUUUUGCUUCUUCCUACUCCUUUUUGGACAUGCAAAAUUGUGAAUUGUACUAUGUGAUGUGCUACUGUUUGACUCAUGCAUGUUCAGGAUUAAAACCAUGAACCAUGAUAAUAACAAGCCUAGUAGUGCUGUACAACUUUUAUCCGCAGUCCGCAGUGCCCUUUACUGGUCAACAUUAUUAUUAUUUUUUUUUCCUUUUUUUUCUUAUUUUUCCUCUACUGGUCAACAUUCAAACUGGACGCCAACCUGUCCAUAGAGGCCACCUGUCUAUAGCGGCCACUUUUGCAGACUCCCUCUAGUGGCCGCUAUAGACAAGUUUGACUAUAUAUAUUUUUUAACAUAAAGCGAAAGGUAUUUGAUGGCGCUAUCUGCAGGGGAAAAAGAGCUGCAGCUCUGAUUCCAGCAGAGGGCGCUGUCUCACAAGUCAUUUCACAAAACAUUUUCCAGCAGGAAGAUGCUUUGACAAGACAUGAUGUGUAAGUACAAUACUGUAUAGUGGAUGCCUGUAAUUGUUUUUUAGUAACUCGGACAGGCAUAUUAUAGGGUUUAUACUUUCAAAAAUAGCCAUCUAAUCCUCCAUUAUUUGUGGGUUAUUGCCAUCCACUGGGGACCUGGAAACGUAAAUGUGCCACACCGUUGUUUUAGGCUAAUUUAAGUAACAGAGACGACCGUGUUCAACAGUUUGGACGCUUGGUUUGGGUUCUCCUGUGUUCUGUCUUUAUUUCCUGCUCUUAUUUUGUUCAUCCGUUUCCUGUUUUAUGCAGUUUUGAACUUUGCUUUACUCCUGCCUGAGGGAGCUGCUGGGUGCAGCUGUUGAUCAUCACUAAUUAGAAGGGUUCUUCCACUCAGCAUCGAUACUUGGACAACACUGCUUCAUUGUGUUUGCUGUGUUCUAUACGGAAAUCCAUUUUGUUGGUUGCAUUCCGCUGCAUCUGCCCUCAAGUCAUCCAUGUAGUUUUU